AUGGCUUUUGAAAACGUCUUUGUUGUGUGCUGCAUCGUGCUGUGCCUCUGGUCGCCGACUUUCUCAAUGCCAACGACGUGCAGGAUGCUCGGACACCUGACUCAAAUACACAAACAACAACUGAUCGACCUGGGAGGCAAUUUUCCUGAGCAAUGCAAAAAAGAGAACGUAGCGAUUGCAGUGCCGCUGGAUGCCUAUGAGAUUACAGGGGACUCAAAGAUUGAAGACAUCAAGAUGACGGUUUAUGAAGCACUCAAUCACGUCAACAUCAUUUUCCUGAGUGGGCAGAAGCCUGCAACUUGGAAUAAGACUAAUCUGGAUAUCUUUCAUAACAUCCUUCAUCGCCAGAUUCAAAGAGUAAAACAAUGUGUGCAGGUCGGAGAUGGAGAGCCACAAGGCAGCCACCUGGUGCUAAAGGCGUAUUUUGAGAAACUGGAAAAUAUUUUAAAAGACAAGGGAACCGGGGUUGCAUCCGCAACCUAUCGUUUUUGUGCUUGGGAAAUUGUAAGAAAAGAAGCAGUAAACAGUUUAACCCAAGUUCAGCUGCUCAUGGACAAAGCGGAAAUACACUAA